AUGGCAGCAGUCGAAGCUUCCUGUCUUCAAGCGGGAAAGUGUCUCCCGCGCGGAGCUUCCCCGUCCGCAUCUCCCGCUUCCCGCAUUUCCCUAACUUCAUCGCUCACCUCUACUCCCGCGAGCCUGCGAUUGCUACAACUUCGCCGCUCUCAAUCCCUCCCAAGCUCACUCAAAUCCGGUCAUAGCUCUAGCUCGAAUGGCGGUGCUCUCAGCACACGAUGCGACGCCUCAGGACCCGUGAACGACCUGCUCGUCUCGUUAACGGCAGCCGUCAGCUCUGACGGCGCGCUGACGGACGGAUCACUUUCCUCUCUCUUCCUGGCCGUCGGCGUCGGUCUCCCGUGCACCGUCAUGCAAUGCGGUGACGUCAUCUACCGGAGCACGCUCGCAGCGGACGAUCAGUUGAGAUUGACGGUGGGAGGAGUGCUGCUGCUGCUUCUGUUGGGGACUUACAUGUGGGCCACGCCGGGCGUCGUUCCCGGGUUCUUCGAUAUGUUUGUGUACGGGCCGAUCGAGCGCAAGAUACGGCCGCAGCUUAAGAAGUCCGACGUGAAGCUGGGGCGCAAGCUGGGGGAGGGCGCAUACGGCAGCGUGUUCCGUGCCACCAUCGCGGACAAGCCGGGGGAAGAGUUCGUGGUGAAGAAGGCGAGCGAGUUCGGCGCGGCGGAGCUGUGGAUGAACGAGCGCGUCAGGCGCGCGUGCCCGCAGGCAUGCGCGGACUUCGUCGACGGCUUCGUGGAGAAGACCAAGACGCGUGACAACUUUUGGAUCGUGUGGAGAUUCGAGGGAAAUGCCACCUUCGCUGACGUGCUGCAGGACGAGAACUUCCCCUACAAUGUAGAGAAGGCAGUGCUGGGGUACGUGCCUCGCGAGCCCAAGGGCCCGGAGCGGGAGAUGCGCGUGAUCCGCACCAUCCUGAAGCGCAUCCUGAAGAGUGUGGACAAGCUGCACUCCGUGGGCAUUGUGCACCGUGACAUCAAGCCACAGAACAUGAUCUUCAACUCGGACACGGGAAUGCUGAAGAUCAUUGACCUGGGUGCUGCUGCUGACCUGCGAGUGGGCAUCAACUACAACCCCAACGAGUUCCUGCUCGACCCGCGCUAUGCAGCACCAGAGCAGUACAUAAUGAGCACUCAGACGCCUAAUGCGCCUCCCCCCACCAUCGCUGCUCUGCUCUCGCCAGUGCUUUGGCAGAUGAACCUCCCUGACCGUUUCGACAUGUACAGUGUGGGAAUUAUCUUCCUUCAAAUGGUCUUCCCCAACCUCCGCACGGACAGUCCCCUGAUCCAGUUCAACCGCCAGCUGAAGCGCUGCGAGUACGAUCUCGCCAAGUGGCGCGGGGUGCAGGAAGGCCGCGCACUCAGCGACGCGCAGCUCAAAGCCUUCGCCAUGCUCGACGCUGACGGCGGCCACGGCUGGUCCCUCCUGCAAGCCCUCGUCAACGUGAAGCCCGGGCGGCGGAUUUCGGCCGCGGGAGCGCUCGCGCACCCGUUCUUCUACCCUGGGGAUGUGCCGCUGCUGCAGCAGCUGCGGCUGGGGUUUGUGCGGUUCCUGUAUCGGGACAACACGGAGCUGUCGGAGGCGUUUGGGACGUUCAUGUCGAAAGCAGGCACGGAUGAGGCUGGCGGAUUCACGGAAGCGUCGCUUAUGGAAUUCAAGUGUGCUCCUUCCUUCACCCACCAUCCAGUGUGCUCCUUCCUUCACCCACCUUCCAAUCUGCACCCUCUUGCACCCACCCUUCAAUAUUUCUGCCUUCUCAUCAGUCCACCAACAGCCUGA